GACGGUCAUACUGCUCUUUCCGAGCACAUUUGCCGCUUUAUUGUUUAUUUUUUGUUAUUAAACAAUGAAUUUAUUGCCGAAAACUCGUGAGGAAUUCGCGCAGACGGACUAUUGGAACGAGUUUUUCAAGAAGCGGGGAGAGAAGGCCUUCGAGUGGUAUGGCGAAUACCUGGAGCUAUGCGACCAGAUACACAAGUACAUAAAGCCGGCGGACAAGAUCCUGAUGCUGGGAUGCGGCAACUCCAAGCUGAGCAUGGAUAUGUACGACACGGGAUUUCGGGACAUUACAAACAUCGAUAUCUCACCAGUAGCUGUAAAGAAAAUGUUGGAACUGAAUGCCAAAUCCCGUCCAGAUAUGAAAUUCCUGCAGAUGGAUGCCACAGCGAUGACAUUCGCUGACGAAAGUUUCUCUGUGGCCUUGGAUAAGGGUACCCUGGACGCCUUGUUUGUGGACGAUGCCCAGGAGACCAAACAAGUGGUGGAGAACUAUUUCAAGGAGAUCCUAAGGACCAUGCGCAAUGGAGGUCGCUAUGUGUGUAUUUCCCUGCUGCAAGAGCACAUCCUCAAGUUUCUGCUAGAGUUUAUGCCCAGAAAUAACUGCAUGUUGCGAAUCGUUCACUGCCUGGGAGUGGAGCAGGCCAACAAGGAGAAAAGCUCUGAUGAUGCCUUGGCAAUGCCCGUAUUUGUGGUGAUAGCUACCAAGUUCAAAAACCUUCCCAUGCCUCUUCUUGAGUUCGGCUUCGGUAGCGACAAGAUGCAGAGAUUUGGCACAGCCACGGAGCUCAUCAACGCCGUUUCCUCAGUGCAAAAGGCUGCUUUAGUGUGCAACGGAUUGGCCAGGUCCAACAUUGCUGGGCACAAUGAGGUGACAAUGGAUCUUCAUCAGCCCUCGGAACAAACCCCUCGCUAUACCAUCCACAUUCUGGACCAACCGCCAGCCCGAGGCCUCGGCAAAUAUGCGGCGUUCAUUGUUCCCCAGGGAAGAGAAGUGGAGUGGUUAUUUGCCACGCCUGCGGGUAGGAGAAAGCUUCAGGACUCGGCCAAAUUCCAGAGACUGGCUGUGGUUACCCUGCAUCGCGACCAAAUUUACAGUACCCUGGAUGAAGUGAAAUCUGAACUGGCCGAUAGCAUAAAGAACCUGUCCCCGGCUGGUCUCAGCGAGCAGAUUCCAUACCUCUCGCUGGGCUCCGACGUGGGAAAACGGGAAACUCUGAUUUGUGGAUUCUCCAAAAUAUCGGGAGAUUUUCGCAUCGAAGAAGUGGAGGCCAACGAUAAAAUCCUUCGACGACUUAUAUUCCUCAGCAAUCAGUUUGUGGUGCAGUCGGAGGCCUUGGUUAAGUCAAUAAAAAUAAAGGGCAAAAAGGAACGAAAGAAGAUAGACUUUGGCUACUUGGCCUGCCAACACCAUCUCUACAUGUCCGUGGGUGUACAACUGGCCACGACGCUGCAGAAUACCAAGAAAGAUGUUGAAAAAGAUGUACUUGUCAUUGGCCUGGGAGGCGGCGGCCUGUGCAGUUUUCUUCAUGCUGCUUUACCUCACACAAGAAUUACGGCUGUGGAAAUUGAUCCCAUCAUGUUGGAGGUGGCCGAGCAGUAUUUCGAGCUAAAACAAGAUAAACGCUUCCAUGUGGUUAUUGAUGAUGGCCUGGCAUUUGUGGAGCGGUGUCGCAAUGAAGAUAUUCAUUUCGAUGCCGUUCUAUUUGAUGUGGACAGCAAGGAUCUGAGCUUGGGCAUGAGUUGCCCACCCCCAAGCUUCCUGGCCAAUGAAAUCCUACAGCACAUCAGAGAGAUCAUCGGUCCGAAGGGUUUAUUUAUGCUCAAUCUUGUGUGUCGCGACGAAUCUCUGCGAAGCGAAGCCAUUGACAAUUUGCAUAAAGCUUUCCCAGCCGUUUGUACCUACAAAUUAGACGAAGAUAUUAAUGAGAUUGUCUACUGCGCCAACGACGUCAAGUACAAAACUGUGGAACAUUGGAAGAAAAGCCUGGGCACCGCUGGCAGGGCUCUAAAUAGUGCCGUCAGGGAAACCAAACUGGCCAGUGAGGAUGCGCUCGAGGUGGCCGAGUUUCUGGGCGAGUUGAAAGUAUAAUAAUUGUACAUAGAAGAAUCAUAUUAGUGAAGAGACAGGCCGUGUUUUUAAAUAAAUGUUAAUUAUAUAUUUAUUUAUAAAUAA